AGGGCGGGGGCGGGGGCGGGGGCGGGCGGUGCAGCCGUUGCCUGGCCAUGAUGGCGACUGCCGCUGUGGAGCCGGGCCAGCUCCGCGUGGGCUUCGUGGGCGCGGGCCGCAUGGCGGAGGCCAUCGCACAGGGCCUUGUCCGAGCAGGAAAAGUAAAAAAUCAGCACGUGCUGGCCAGUGCACCAUCAGACAGGAACCUCUGCCGCUUCCGGGGAAGCUCCAGGCAGGAAGCUCCCUCACCCCAGCCUGGUCCUGGUAUCUUGAAGACCCUGGGCUGCCAGACCACCCACUCCAACCGGGAGGUAUUGCAGAACUGCUCGCUUGUCUUCUUUGCCACCAAACCCCACGUCCUGCCCUCUGUUCUGGCAGAGGUGGCCCCUGUGGUCACUGCUGAGCACAUCUUGGUGUCUGUGGCUGCUGGGAUCUCUCUGAGUAUACUGGAGGAGCUACUACCCUCUGGUGCACGGGUGUUGAGAGUCUCUCCCAACCUGCCCUGUGUGGUCCAGGAGGGGGCCAUGGUGAUGGCUCGGGGCCGCUGUGUGGGGAGCAGCGAGGCCCAGCUUCUACAGACCCUGUUGGAGGCCUGCGGGCAGUGUCAGGAGGUGCCCGAGGCCUUCUUGGACAUCCACACUGGCCUUAGUGGCAGUGGUGUGGCCUUUGUGUGUACAUUCUCUGAGGCCCUGGCUGAAGGUGCCGUCAAGAUGGGCAUGCCCAGUGCCCUGGCCCUCCGCCUCACUGCCCAGACACUGCUGGGCACAGCCAAGAUGCUGCUGCAAAAUGACCAGCACCCAGCUCAGCUUCGGACUGACGUGUGCACGCCGGGGGGCACCACCAUCCAUGGGCUGCAUGCUCUGGAGCGGGGUGGCCUGCGUGCGGCCACCAUGAGUGCGGUGGAGGCUGCCACCCGCCGGGCCAGGGAGCUCAACAGGAAAUAGUCUGCUUGGCCUACUCUGAAAAGCACCCCUCCCUCCAAUCUGGGAAAUAGGAUGAGAGGUGCAGGGGAGCCUUCACACAGGGGAACACCCCUGCCCACUGUGGGCAGGAACACUGUGGUGAUGUGUACCUAAGAACUGGCACCACUGGGAGGGUCUCUGGGGUGAGAACACUGGGAGGGGGCCCCUCCCCCUGUCUCAGCUGGGAUCUAGGGAUGUGGGAUCUUCACACAGCCUGCUUUCCAUCAGUAAAGUGAGGGCCAUGCUGACAUUUUGUCCUACCUCUGCUGUGGGGUAGGGGUACCCUGGGGGGAAGUCUAUAGGCUAUGGAGACACAGGCCUCUGGUCACCAUGGAGAUCAGCUCCUGGGGAGAAAAGAAAAGCUGGUUCCAGUCACCCCUCUCUGCACCAGGAGUCCUGGAGGGUCCUAUGACCCUGGCUGAUGACAGUAGGCCUUGGUUCCCUGAGCACCAGUAGGCCAUGGAAGCUGUCCCCUCACAGCCCAGAGGGGUCGGGGGUGGGCCUGUAGCCUUGUCCCAUGCACUGUCCCAGGUCUUUCUGAGCUCCCCUCCACGAUGCAGAAGCCCCAGAUUGCAGCUGAUGGAGAUAGCUUAGUACAGACUCUUAACGAAGCCACCUAGUAGCAGGGACUUCGGUGAAAAUUUGUCUCCAGUUUGAAGGUCAGGUUUGGUGGCCCUGCAGGUCAGGGAGUUGCCCCUGCCCAGCCCUCUCUUUCCUUCACCUUCCUGACAAGGCAUCAGCUUCUCAGCCACUGAAGUGUUGGGACCCUAUCCCUGCCACUUUCCAGAGGGGCAGCUGGAGCCCUCUCCAGUGUUCAACUGUAUCUGGAGAAAGGGAAUAAAGACAUUGUUCUGAGCACAGAA